AAACCCGAAAAAGGUCGUAUGCGCGUGCACCACAUAAACAACUUAAAUAAAGUGUUGCAAGUUAUACAAGAACAUGGCAUAAAAUUAGUUAAUAUCUCCUCAGAUGAUAUUGUGGGUGGUAAUCCCAAGUUAACUUUGGGUCUUAUAUGGUUGAUUGCUUUGGAGUUUAAUGGUCAGAAUCUAGUCAAGACUCAAUCGAGUAAUGGUGUGGAAAAAUCUUUAUUGGCUUGGGCUCGUCAAUUUACGGAACCGCGUGGUCUACAUUUGCAUGAUUUCUCCAACAGCUGGUCAGAUGGUAGAGCUUUUCUAAUGAUUCUUGAUGCUCACUUAGACGGCAUAGAUUUAUCGACAGCUUUAACUAAACAUCCGUUAGCACGUUUGAAAACCGCUUUUGACUUGGCUCAUACAUAUUUCAAAAUCGAGAAACUCUUAGAUCCCGAAGACGUACAUACACAUAAGCCCGAUAAAAAGUCUAUACAAAUGUAUGUUAUGUGCUUGUAUCAUGCCAUGGAGAUACGCAAGUCAUUGGAUGCUAGCGAUAGUGUGAGGGAAGAAUUAUUUGACGAUAAGGCUCAGGAAGUUUAUCCUUCGUCGGCGCCGAUUAAUAUUACCGAUUUGGACGAAGUUCCUUUGGACAGUAACGAAGAAGCGAGUUCAGAAAUUAGUAGUACUCCAUUAAGUGCCACCGAUUCUGGUUGUAAAACAAAAUACAAUAGUGAUACAAUGCGUAGCAUUAUGGAUAUAGAAAUGGAUCGUCCCAAAAGCUGCCAACUUAUUAAAGACGAUAAAUCAAGGCCUCAUAGUACCGCUACAAAUGUCUCUGUCGAAAUAACUACAUAUCAGACGGCUCUAGAGGCCGUGCUUACUUUGCUAUUAGAAGACGAGCAAAUCUUAUCUCAGGAUUUACGGGAACCUCAAGAUUUUCACAGCGCAAAAAUGCAAUUUCACGAUAAUGAGCAGUUCAUGCUCAAGCUAACAGAGCAUCAGCAGUACGUGGGGGAGGCGUUGGAAGAAGGCUCCAAUUUGAUUAAUGAAUCGCAAAAGAAUAGCGGGCUUUCAGUCGAAGAUCAAAAUGAAGUACGACAGCAAAUGGUGUUACUUAAUGAACGCUGGGAAACGUUACGUUUAAAAGCGUUGGAUGUUCAAGCUAAAAUUCUUACGCGAUUGGCGAACUUUCAAACUCAACAAAUCGAAAAAUUGCGUACAUUUCUAACACAUAUAGAGGACCGCAUUUCGCAUAUGACCGCCAUCGGCCCCACGCUAAAUGAAGUUCAGGCGCAAUUAGAAGAAGCUCGACAAUUAAAAGUUGACCUUCAAAAUCAACAAGAUUUGGUAGACAGUCUAAGCAAUAUGGUAGUUAUUGUCAAUGACGAGUCUGGUAAUUUCAAUGAUCUUGAAGAUAAACUCUCUGCUUUGGGUGAAAGGUGGUCCCAUGUAGUGAAAUGGAGCGAUUUACGGUUAGAAAAGUUGCAGCAAUACAAGACUAUAUCACGUUGGUUGGAUAGUCGUGAACAGGAUUUGAAAAAUAUGGAAAGUAGGGAUGUGGUCGAUCUUGGUACUAUCACAAAACGCAUGAACGAUUUAAAUUAUUGCGCGAAGGAUUUGCUGGAGCUGGAACGUUAUCUUAUAGAUCUCCGACAAAUGGUAGCUGCCACCCUGCAGGAAGGUGACGAUAAGGGUGAACGCGUUCUAAUGCAACUAGAAAAUUUCGAAGAUCGAUUGGAUGCCUUGAAACAAAUGGUUGAAGUACAAACGGUGCGCAUUGAACAAAAAGGUUUCAAAUUUGGUCGUAAUCGCGCUUCCUACGAUGACAGUCGCGUGGUGAGGCCUGAUGGUUGGUUAGACUACCAAAUGAUUAUCAAAUUUGGAGAAGAUGAUAUAGAAGACGAUAAUGAUGAAAAUAGCGAAGACGAUAAAAAUAGUCUUUUAGCCGAGGGCACCUCCGUGGCUUGUAAGAAACGUAAAUUACGCAACACGGAAAAUUUUUAUUUAUUGGAGGGCAAAAUAUUGGAUGCUUUUGGUUUUGUUGACGAUAGCGAAGAGCGGUUGCUUACCAUGCAAAGGCAAAGUCUGAGAAAUCAAACAGACAUAUUAAAUGGUCUUGAGCAGGAAUUGACGCAUCGGCUAACAUCGGCCAAAGAUUUGCGCGAUCUUUACGAAAUGUGUGAGAAAGAAGAUGUUAGUCGAAAUAUGAUCAUGGAGGCUUCUCAAAUCAAGCAAAUCGAAGAGCGUUAUGAGCAUUUAAAAAAACGUAUAGAGCGGCAAAGAUUGGAAACCCUUUAUAUGCUUAAGAAAGAAAAAUUCUACAACAGCUUAACAGGUUUCAAACUUGUCUUGGCAGAUUCACGUGAUUGGUAUCAACAGCACGCUGGUACGGCUUCUAAGCAGGAUCUGGAACAACGCUUAAGUCAUAUGGAAUCCUUGAGCUGUGAAAUAGCUUCUGCUAAAGAAACUACAGGUACUUUAGCUGACGACCUGAUAGAGUGGAAACAAGAUUUCAAUCUGUUUUACGAAAGUUGGAAUGAUAUGAAGAAGGCCGUAUUAGCGCUAAUAGAGGAAAAGGGUGGUUUGGACGAAAUCAAUCAAAGAUUAGAAAUCCUUGAAGAAUUUUUAGACAGAGCCAAUAAGGUUAAAGUUUUGAUAUCCGCUCUAGAACCUAUGGAGCUUCAGCUCAAGAAGCUAAACAGCUUGCAUAACGAAUCGGAAGCAUUGAAACUGGAAUAUGAGUUUAUUUAUGUACGUAGACCGGAUGCUGUAAGCACCGAAUUUGCCGAGGCAUGGGCUAAAAUACCGGAACAGAUAAACGAACGCGUUAUUAAGCAAACAACGGCUAUUGAGAACUUAAACCAUUUCACUGCCGAAUAUAACGCUAUAAUGGCUAUCCUACGUAAAUUGGAAAGCAAUUUUAAAGAAGAUGAGAAUCUAAGCGAUGAUAACACCAGUCGUAAAAGCGAUAUUGACAAUAAUAUGGAAUUGAGAAAAGUUGAGAUUGAUGUUAUCAGUGCUCGCAAUUUUAGCGAAAUUAUUAUUAAAGAUGCCGAGCCCGAGCACCGAAAUCAUUUAGUGGUUCAAAUUAAGGAGCUCAACGAGUUCUUCCAGCAAGUACAAAAUUUGUUCAAAGAAACUUUACAAAAACGGGUGGUCGUGCAAGCAAAGACCGAGGAAAUCUUUCAGCGACUUUCCCAAACCGACGAAUGGUUAAACGAACUAGAAGCAAACACUCCCAAAACUAGUGUAGCCGAGAUUAAAAAUUCGAACGAACUUUUUCAUAUUAAGUGCAAAUUCCAAGCUUUGAAGGAGACCUGCGAAAAGGAGACAGCAAGCUUUCGCGAUCUUAACGAGUUGGGAGGAGAUGUUCUGUUACAGAUUGAUGAGCUUAAGACGAAAGGAGUCGAACAAGUUCAGCAGAAAUACAACAUGUUGGCGAAGAGGCUUACGCGACUGAACGCACGGUGGACAGAGGUGACAACGUUGGUUUAUAAAAGGACAGCUUUACUGGAGCAUAUCUCUAUACAGCUUGGCGAAUUUAAAAAAUUUAUGGUUUCCGAGACAGGCUACCUAGAUCGUUUGGAAAACAAAAUGCGUUCCACACCUGAAAACGCAGAUGCUGAGGAAAUCAUAGAAGAAUUAGACGAUUUGGAGAAUGUUCUGCGUGGACAUUCCGACGACUGGUUGGAAAAAAUUCAAGAAAUUGGCCAAGAGCUAAUUGCACAUGAAUUUAUGGCCGACUCUAUACGCCAAGAUAUUGAUGCCAUUGCGGACCGAUGGUAUCAGCUUCAGCAUAAAGCUAAACAGAGGGUUGAAGUGUUGGAACGUGAGGUCAGCGAAGCGAAGCAAUCAGAAAAAUGCAUAGUACAAUUUGAAGCUUGGCUUACGCGUGUUGACGAGAUAUUAAGUGAACAUCUGGAGAACGAUGUAACAAUAGAGGACUUGCCCGAUGAUUUUCAGCGCUUAUCUCAGGAAUUUGAAGAGAAUGAAAAAUGUUUUCGAGAAAUUGAUGACCUAAUUGCUGAACACCAACGGAACGGUAAAACCGAAGCUGCUAACCGUUUACAAGAGCAGUUAAAUUUACUCGAAAUGCGCUUUAAAUCUUGCCAACUGAAAUUGAAUAAGUGCACAGCACCUCAACCAGCCUACGAAUCGCGAUUAAAUCGCGCUGUCGCUGAGUUGCGGAAUGUCGAACGUUCCACUUUAGUUCUUGAUGUGGCUUCCGCGGGACCUUCCACAGUGCAAAUUCAAUAUCAAAAAUGUUUGCAGAUUUAUAGGACCUUAUCCGAAAUUAAACCCGAAAUCGAAAGCACUAUUAAAAUGGGCCGAAAAGUAUGCGAAGAUAAAUUUACUAAAUCACCUAAACAACUCAGUCAACGCAUUGACGCCUUGAAGCAUUUAUACAAUGCUUUGGGAGAAAACGUUACACAAUCAAAAAUUUUCUUGGAAAGCCUCAUCAAAUUGGCUCAUCAGCUGGAAGAUUGUUUUGAUAUAGCUGAUCAUUUAAUAAAGAAGUUCGAAAGUCCUCAGGAGAUCCACGAUCGUAACUCCUUGUUCCUGGAGUUUGAAGAUAUUUUGCAAAAAAGUGAAGACAUAUAUGAAGAGUAUAGUAAGUCUUGUGAUCAGGUAUGCAUGGACGAUACACGUCAGAGAAUUGACGAUUUAAAGGCCACUUAUUUGAAGUUGACGAGUGCUGAUGUGAUUAAGCGUUUAACGGAAAUGAAAUCCACUCUACAAAACUUGGAUAACAUUUCGUUGGAUACAUUGAGGGCCAUGGAACAUGACUUGAAACAGAUUAGUGUACCUUCAAAUCCGGAAAUUGAAAAACUGCAACAACAAGUUAUUGCUAUUGUAGUGGUAAGUUAUUAACAAUGCUUGUAAAUAUUUCUCAUCUCGUUUUUCGCAUCGUUUUUGUUUGUUUAUUUAUUUGCACACGUGCAUUAAUAUCGAUAUAUUAUCUUGUUGCAUUUGAUUAUUUAUUAAUUCCAUUUCAUUUGCUACGUGUCAUGCACUGCCAUAUAUAUAAGUGUGAUUUUUCUUCUUAUUUCCUAUUUUUAAAUGAUUUCAUAACAAAUUCUAUUCACUUCACCGCAAUAAUGCUUCAUCGCUUUAACACACUCCUACAUUAAACGCUUCUGGCGAUUUUCGACGAUCAUAUGUUGACGGGAUUAUAACACUCCAUUUCACAUCUGAUUUAUAGUGGAUUUUAUUCCAGGGAAGCUUAAUUCAUUAUAAAUCACUUAAACCAAUUACAAAGUAGAAAAGCAAAAAUGUUGCAAUGAUACUGUGGAGUCCGUUAAGAGCAAGGAUUGAUCGCACUGAAGACUGCACGUAAACUGAUGCAAAGAACACGCUUGACCUGUUCUUGGGUAAUGCUCUCCUUGAGAGAGUAUUUUAUUAUUAUUAUUAUUUAUGAUCCGGCUUUACUGAAUCGCGACGAUUGAUUUGUUAGUCGAGACUCUUUGCUUGCGCGGUCACUACACAUCCUUUCUUGACGGCUCUGCACACUUCGACAGCUUUAAGAGUUGAUUAAAAUUGUGGUUUGUUGUCACAAGUCAGACUCACGCUCUUAUCCACAUUAGAAAGUUAGUCGUGUUAAACAUUUUCUUCCCUAUUAGAUGCGAAACCAUCGAUCGUUUUCUUAUGUUAUUUAAUUCUUAUGUUAUUUAAUGGUUAAAACUUAUGAUUGUUCGAAACGUUCAAAUUCUUCGACGUUCUGGGCACGUCAACAUAUCUGU